GAGAGGGCCGUCGGUUUCCUCCCGGCACUUUCAAACCCCAAACCCGGAUGUUCGUAUGUUGGAUCGGUUGUGAAAGGAGUUGAUCGUUAACGUUAAACAGCGCCGCCGCCUCUGGCCGCCUUUACCGUGAGAUACUUUUCUGUGGAUGAUCGUUGAGGAGAAGGCUGAAUUUAACCAAGAUGGAGGCGGAAGAACCCGUCGCCGAACUUUCUAGAAAAGGUUUCUGAAGCAGGGCAUUUUUCCCUAAACAACAACAACUCUGCAUGGAAUAAAAGCUUUAGUUGCGUAAACUAAAGCUGAUGGAAUAUUUGGCUGCGAAGGGAAAGCGGAGACCCCCCGAGGCCAAGGCACACCUCCAGCAGCAGAAGCCGGCUUCAACGCAUCCACCCAAGGUUGUUGUGGGAAAAGAAAACAAAGUUCCAGCUGCCGGAAUCAAGCCUGUGGCGCCGAAAACAUGGACCACUCAGUCCAGUCAAAACCCCCCCAGAAAGAGCACGCUGAUCGACCUGCAGCCUGCCGGCCGCGCUGCCGCUCCCCCCAACAAACGGACCUCUGUUCUCACCCGGACGUACACGGUGGUGUCGUCCAAGGUCGGCGCCGCUGCAGGCGGGUCGAUCAGAACGCAGACAGGCGGGAAAAAAGCCACAAAUCUGGCGCCAUCCUCCUCCAAAUCCAGCCUGUGUUCAGUGGCUGCAGCCCCAUCGUGUCCCAGCGCGAGGAUGAGCGUGGGCCCAUGUGUCAAAACCAGAACCGGACUCAUUCCUGCUGUGCUGCAACCAAAGAGCACCAACCCGAACCCAACGCCCGUCUACGCAAAAGCGCCUAAAACGGCGAUGCGAUCCACCGCUGUGCUGCCCCGUUCCGUUUCCCAUAAAUCUGCUGCCUCUUUCCCUCCAACUGUGCAGAACGGCAUCAAGUCCAGCGUUAAAGCAGUCCUGCUCAAAAGCACUCCGGCAGCCUGUAAAAGCAGACUGACGGGAACGUCCUCAUCCUCCACCAACAAACCUGAACUGUUGAAGCCCAAAGGCGUACCUGCCACCAAAAGACCCCCAAACCCACCCACAAAGGCGAGACCUGCAGCCAAAGAAGAGAGAAGGAACCCACCAGACAAGGUCGCUCCCCAAACAUCCUCAAAGAGCAGCAGGUUCUCGUCCAGACCUGAACCAGUAAGAACCAGUAAAGACAGGAAUCCAACCAAAACUCCCACACAAGCUCGCAGCAAACACGCCGGGGCUUCUGGGAUUUCACAGACCGCUCCACAGCCCUCCAGGAACAUCACCUUCACAGGCCGAGCAGACGGCAAGAUGCCAAAGGUCACGGUCAAGGCCGGCCCCCAGACUGAGGGAAAGAAGCCCAGCACUGCUCAGGAGGAACGACUGCGGAAGCUGCAGGAAUGGCGGGAGGCGAAGGGGAUUUCCUACAAGCGUCCCCCGAUGCAGGUGAAGACUCCGGCGAGGCGGCCGCCGCCCACGCCGCCGCUGUUCUGGCCGUCCAUGCAGGCUGAAGACGAGGCGCACUCCCUGAUCUGCGCCGUGGACCAGUCCCUGGCGGACUGCAUCAAGCUGCUGGCGGAGGGCUGCCCCGCUGACCAGGUGAGGGGCGUGCUCUCCCGCCUGCCUCCCGUCUCUCAGAAAUUUGCCAAGUACUGGAUCUGCCGGGCCCGGCUGAUGGAACAGGAGGGGAACCCGGACGUCCUGCCGCUGUUCCAGGAGGCGGUGCGCGUCGUUCUGGAGCCCGUGGACGAGCUGAGGACCGUGGUGUUCGACAUCCUGAAGAAGAAGGACGAGCUGCGAGUGCUGGAGGAAGAGGAGGAAGAGGAGGCGGAGUCUGGUCCCACAGCAGCGGAGCCUCUGGAGAACCACCACAACCCCACGGUGACGCCAAAACCCGUCCGGGCGCUCAUCAACGAGGAGCAGGGGGGCUCGUCCGUGGUCAAGUACAAGAUCACCGCCACUCCGGGGGGCCCCCCCAGCCAGCGCCGGGAGUCGGUGAAGGUCAACGGGCAGGAGGUCCGCUUCUUCACGCCGGUGCGGCGGUCGGUGAGAAUCGAGCGCGCAUCGCUGCAGCAUCCGGCCGCCCUCCACGACCACGACCUCUGCGUCACCUCCUACCGCCAUCUGAUGUCCGAGGAGGACGCCGCCGAGGGAGAGAGCCCCCCCGCCACCCCCGUGUACAUCUACAGAGAGAACGAGGCGCUGAAGGACAAAGUCUUCAUCCAGCUGAUCUGUGACGAAGACCCCGAGCCGCGUCUGUAGACGCAAACGGUCCGACCUCUGGAUCUGCAGAAGGAAACAGGAAGUUCUGCUUCUGUGACUUCCUGUAGUCAGGACAUACGUUUCUGUUUUUAGUUUAGAUUCGUCGCUGAAGUGAGUUUUCAAGACCAGAAGGUUCCAAACCGCCGGAACCAUUCUGUCAUGACGGAGCGCCAGGAUCUCCAGACCCGGACCUCUCUGAUGAGCCGGCGGCUUUCAUUCACGCCUGACCGCGACUCGGUCAUGUGACCCAACCGUCCCCCGAAGAGGAUCCGGUGAUUCGUGAAGGAAGGAUUCUCCGGGAGCUUUGCCUCUUCGCCAACAGAAGGUUCUGACCAGAAGGUCGGACCAGAACCACGACGUUCCCCGCCAGCCCUCAGAGGAAAGGGGACGACCACACCCCCGUCAGCAGGAGGGCCUGAAAACCCAACAGAACCAAAGCAGCAGAAUUAUUCAGCCCUUUGUUCCUCACCUGGGAACGUUGGGCAGAUGGCUCCUCCCCCUUCACCUGGCUGCUGCACACGGAUCGCCUCUUUGGGCCCCCCAGCUCCAGGAGCAGAACCUGCAGCGACACAAAAAUGUUCAGAAAAAACACGAAAUUCAUGUUUAUUAAACC